GUGUGGGCCGUGUUGCUCGAUUACAUUUGACUCUUCGGCACGUGGGACGCUGCCGGUUUGAAAGACGCAGCUUCACUUGUUUUCUGCACCAAGAUGACGAGAAACAAACGAAUUGCAAAAGCUGUCAGCUGGAGCAACGAUCGAUACUGGGCAACUUGGGACAAGUGGAUGGAAGUGAUUGACUGGGAAGAUGAGGAAGAGCUGUGCUCCCCAGCAGAAUCACCCUCUGACCAGGCUGACCGUUCCAUCGUGUCACACACCCGAAAGCCAAUUGCCAAGGCAGUUAGCUGGACGGAUGAUGUGUAUUGGGCAGCCUGGGACAAGUGGGAUGAGAUCAUCUGCUGGGGUGAAGAAGGAGAGUGCUCCCCAGCAACUCCACCCAUCAACCAGCCUGGGAGGGAUAAGGGGUUAGACAUGCAUGGAUUAGAGGUUUUUCUGUUAAAUGAAAGGACAGUCUCCAUAAAGCCUGCAGAUGACCACCAAGACAGGCUGAAAAUAGGAGCCGUAGUGGUCGACCUCUGCCAGUUUGAGCUAGAUGGUGUAAAUGAUAAAUUUGAAAUUGUCGAAAUACAAAUUGGAGAGGUCAAAUUGGAGGAGACUGCAGAGAGGGGUUUUAAUUCAGAAUUUGAAUUGGAAAUUAUGGAUGUGGAGAUAGAGGUUGUAGACAGUGAAUUCCAGCUGAAUGCUCUUAAUUGGGAAAUUGCUGGAACUAAAGUGGACAAAUUAUUAGUGGAACACCUGAACAUAAAUAAUCUAGAAGCAGGCAGUGUGAAGGUGUCCACAUCAAAUGGGAAUGUGGUAUAUGUCAAUGGUAUGUGAGUGUGUUUGGUAAUGAUGGGUGUGAAUGGUUGGUGUGUGUGUGUGUGUGUGUGUGUAUGAGAAUGGUGAUUGAAUGGUGUGUGUGAGGUAAUGGCGUGUGAGUGAAUGGUGUGUGUGAGUGACAGGUGUGUGAAUGGUGUGUGUGAGGUAAUGGCAUGUGUGAGUGAGUGUGAGUGGUAAUGGCGUGUGUGAGUGAAUGGUGUGUGUGAGUGGUCUAUGUGUGUGUGAAUGGGGAGUGAAUGGUGUGUGAGUGACUGGUGUGUGUCUGGUGUUUAUGAAUGGUGUGUGUGAGUGAAUGCUGUGUGAAUGGUGUUUAUGAAUGGUGUGUGUGUGUGAGUGAAUGCUGUGUGAGUGACUGGUGUGUGAAUGGUGUUUAUGAAUGGUGUGUGAAUGAAUGGUGAGUUUUUGUGUGUGUGUGUUUGUGUGUGUGUG